UUUGAAUCACGCUUUACUUGAAUCACCGGAAGUUCUUCCUCUGCGUUCCGGCUGCGUGAACAGAGGCGAAAUUAAUAGCGCGUUAAACAAUGGCUACUCGGCUGCUCGUCAGGAGGAUCUGGGCCGUCUCUGUGAAAGACUUCCGCCGCCUUCCCGCCAUCACAUCACUCUUGUCCUCGUCACGCACCCCCUCCUUCCACGCACAGUCGUUCCUGUCUGCUUCUCGCUCCCUCUCUCUGUCCUCACACAGGUGUAUCUCCUUCAACGUGCAGGACCAUGACGAUUUCACCAAGAGGGUCAUCAACAGCGACCUGCCCGUGCUCGUGGACUUCCACGCACACUGGUGUGGUCCCUGUAAGAUCCUGGGCCCCAGGCUGGAGAAGGCCAUUGCUAAGCAGGAGGGUCGUGUUGCCAUGGCCAAAGUGGACAUUGAUGAACACACAGACCUGGCUAUAGAGUAUGGGGUAUCUGCAGUUCCUACGGUGAUAGCUAUGCGUGGUGGUGAUGUCAUUGACCAGUUCGUAGGGAUUAAAGAUGAAGACCAGCUGGAUUCUUUUGUCAACAAGCUUAUUGGACAAUGAACCUGUCAGUCAGAGCCUCAAACCCAGCCCUCUUUAUACUUUAGUUCACACACACACGGCAAAUCCACAAAUUGUCCUGCGACUGUCUGGCUGUAUCUGUUAUGUUUGUCUGUCUGUCUGGCUGUCUGUCUGUCUACGCUUUGUUCUUUACUGACUUUUGCUGCUGAAAAUAGUGAACUGUUUCAGAUUUUGUGGGAUUUUUUUUUUUUUUUUAAUUCAAGGACCCCCCCCCCCCCUCCCAAAAAAAGUGCUGUCAUAGAGGCUUCGUUUCUCCCUGCAGGUCCUGCUCUCCUCCACCAGAGGGCAGCUUUUCACUUUAAGCCAAGGCCACAGGAGGAUGUGGCGUAAUAUUUAUCUGAGAUCCAGAUUAAGGUCACUCUGUCUAAUCCUGAUGAAUGAAUGCAGCUCUACAGCAAGGCGAGAGUGCUGAUCCCAGAUCACUAUUCUCACUUUAACCCCUCACACCACUCUUUUUAUAAAUAAAUAAAAACAAGCAAGCAAGCGCUCGUGUAUGGACGAGAGAAUGGGUAUGUCCUGAUUGUCAGUUCUGACUGAAUUUGAAGUUCUACUAUGAAGCAUGAGUGCUGAUGAUGGUGAUUUGUAGAUUUAAUUUUGAUAUUAACUCCAUAAAUGGAGUGUAACGUGACCAGCUCUAAUGGAUUGAGGAAUAAAGCAGAUGGAUGACGUUC